GUCAUGUGACGACCUGUCGUGUGCAUUGUUGAUCGAAGUGUCAGCCAGUGUCCAGUACCUUCUUUUUUCGAAGGAAAUCAGAAUAUUCGUCAAAAAUGGGAGCUGCAGCGGCACCAGUAUUAAUUUUUACAAUUCUGUGGGGAGCGGUCGGAAUUGCGUUGCCUAUUUUCGUACCAAAAGGACCUAAUCGCGGAAUUCUGCAAGUGAUCCUAAUGCUAACAGCUUUCACAUGCUGGUUAUUCUGGCUGUGUUGCUACAUGGCCCAGAUGAACCCGUUGAUCGGACCAGCGUUAAAAAAUAAUACGCUUUUAUUAAUGGCCCGAGAAUGGAGCGACUACAUUCCGAAGUAGGGCAGAUGACGAAUUGUAAAAAAAAAUUGUAAAUAAAUGAAUUCGGCGAGUUUUCGUCAUUCGCCUUGAAAAAGAAAAGGCACCAUAAUAUUGUAUCCUACUCGCUCGUAGAAAAUAAUUGUGAAAAAAAAACUUCCAUCAAAUUCGUUGAUUUAUGUAGAAUCUGGAUACAUUUUACGACAUUACUCGUAAUUUUUAUUUUUCAGGCUUUGUAUUUAAUUUAAAAAAUUCCAUUGUUGUGUUUUUGUUCGUCGGGUGUUAUUUAAUUAAUGUGUUGCACGAAAGAGCUAUAAAUACAAAUGUUAUAGAUAUUAGGCCGAGAUGAAAUACAUUCCCUUCCGAUAUGUA